UAAUUUUUUUUUGUUAAUUUCAAUCAAUCAAUCAAUCAAUCAAUUAAUUAAUUUAAGACAUUAUCGGUGGUCAACAUCGAUGGCCAGCAGAUUAUCGGUAAAAGAUGUAUUCGAUGAGUUGUCCCGCGAAAAUCAGCGACUGGUCGGCGAACUACGGCUAUGCCAUCGAUUUGUCCGACUGUGCGACCAAUUUAGACAGUUGGCUACCGAUUUCCGCGAUCGAUGUAUUUGCGACCAGAAUGUCGGCAACGAAGCCAAACUUAAUGACCUGAACUCCAUCUACGAGUCACUAGAGGUGGACAGUCGCGAGUGGCGGACAAAGAUGACAACAUCGACAACAACAACAAGUGACCAAAGUUUACGGCUGUUUACCGAUCGAUUGAUUGCCGCCACCGAUGAUAAUGAAGAAGAAGAGGAUGUUGUGGUCAAACACGAAGACAAAUCAAUGGCCGCCGCCGCCGACGAUAGCAAUGAUUGGCAGCCAAUGGACGAACAGUUUACCCCCGAUGGCGGUGGCGGUAAUGAAGAUACAGAUUUCAAGCCAAAUAUCGGUAAAAUUAGACGACGAUUAUCGACGACAAUAAAGACAAAGAAUUGGAAGAGUUCUUCGACAACAACAACGACAACAAUAAGGACUUCGUGUCCGACGUGUGAUAAAACAUUUGGCAAUAAAAAACUAUUGAAAAUACAUCAACAAUCGCAUAGCGAUCAGCGAGACUACGAUUGUCCAGUGGAUGGUUGCGGUAAACGAUUCAAAAAUGCCGGAUCACUGUACAAACAUCGUCGGGUAACUCAUUCGGAUGAACGACCGUUUCGUUGUCAAUGGGAAGGCUGUAGUCGGGCCUACAAAACCAAGGAUGCAAUGCUGAGACAUAGGGUAUUGCAUACAAACGACGGCAAACAUCGAUGCGAUUACGACGGCUGCGACAAGUCGUUUAAGGAUCCGUCGCGUCUGGAACAACACCGGCGCCGACACGAUCGUACAGUUGCCAGAGUACGGGCCAAACGGGAGGCUACCGGCGUCAGCGGUGAUGCACACAAAAAGAUACGCUACCGACGGGUCCAGUGUGUAUGGCCAGGAUGUUCGGCCCAUGGAACCAAACAGGAGAUGAUCAUACACUUGAAUCGUCAUCAGGGUAUCAAACCGUUUGUUUGUUCAGCGGAUCCUACUGGCGGCUGUCAGAUGCGCUACUAUACCGAUUGGGAACUCAAACAACACCGAAUCAAAGCACACGAACUAACUAAUCCGGCCGACCGGCCCUACAGGUGCGACUACGACGGUUGCUGUCUUGCGUACGCUACCCAACGUGACCUGAAACGACAUCGGCAUCGACACGAUCGGAUCUAUAGGUGUUCGUGGCCCGAAUGUGACCAAUCGUAUCCGGCAAAGAUUGCACUCAAAGAACAUAUGGACCGACAUCUGAAUGUUAAGUCACAUAAGUGUCACUUUUGUGGUAAAGAAUUUUUUUCGAAAAAUAAUUUCCAAACACAUCAGAAAAAUGUUCACCAAUUUGUGGCCAAAAAAAUCUGA